GCAAGCUUUCAUUCUUUUUGUCGGAUUCGAACACGCCAAGAUCGCAUGACCUGCCGCGAGUGCUUGGAAGAGACGUGCUCGGGCGCUGCGCUCUUUCUCUGCAAUGGCAUCGACUUGGCCUGCGGCCUCACGCUCGUAGCCUACGGUGCCUACCUCGGAAUCAACCACUUUGCGCCGACGUGGCUCUUUGCCCCGAUCUUGGGCCUCGGCGGGAUGCUCGUGUUCACGUCGCUGCUGAGCUGGUGUGGCUCGUCGUGCCGGUCGUGCACGAGCCUGUUGCUGAUUUCAUCGUGGCUCCUUACGCUUGUCGCGCUGCUCGAGCUCGUCAUGGCCAUCGUCAUCAUGACGCAAGGCGACGCGAUCACGGAUUUUCUCAAGCAGCACCAGGCGGAGCUCCACCUCACAGACGACGAACUCGCACUCCUCGAGUCGCACAAGUUUGUACCCGCGUACAUUCUCUUUGGCUUGUUUGGGAUGGAGCUUUUGCGCUUCUGCUGCAGCUCGUGCCUUCGCCGGUCGCGCCUCGAAAACAAGUAUGCGCGCAUGAACCUCAAGAACCUUCGGGGCAUGGAAGAUAACCUCGUGCAGACAAAGAAGGAGCGCGAGGUCUCAGCCAAGUACCAAGCGCUCAAGGACAAGUAUCGCUCCAAGUAUACUGGCGAGAACGACCAAGCGAGCAGUUUGCUCCUUGGCUAGGCGUCCUGCGAUUGCAUAGGAAUCCGCCUGCAAUAAGUACUGAUUCUUUCGUGGCCUGAGAAUUUAAGAUGGCCAUCAACUGCA